UCCCCGCCCCAACCGAGCGGGCACAGGGCGGCUCCCGCCCCCUGAGCCUGGGCGCCCUGAUGGACGCGCCUGGACCCUGCUCAUCUAGCCCCGACCUGCCCACCCCCUACUCCUCGUCUGCAGUGCCUAACCUAGCGCUGAAGUCUUAAGUACUCAGUAAAUACUUGCCGAGUGAAAAAUGAAUCAGCCGUGCUCCCCAUGUUCAUUCCGCAUUUCUCCGAGUGCUUGAGCCAUCUCUAGAGUGAAAGAAAUUUUGGAGAGACCGGCAUUUUAAAAUUUAAUGAUGAAUGGGAUGCAAGGGGUCAGGAGGAGUGCAGGAUCCACCUUCUGCAUGAAACUAGAAGAGCACUUAUUAAAUUAUUCUGCAGCCAGAAAGACACUCCUUGCAAGAGAACAUGACUUCCCAGUGGUAAGGGAAGAGAGGGAAUCUGGUUCCCAGAGUAGAAGUGGCAACCAGAGUGAGCCAGUUCGUUGAAGCAAAUGAUGGCUGCAGCAAGGAGUCCGCAAGUACACUCAUCCUCAAACAAGGACUCCACACAGGGCCAGAAAUCGGCCCUUCAGGGCAACAGCCCUGACUGGGAGGCCUCCCGCCAGCGCUUCAGGCAAUUCUGCUACCAGGAGGUAGCUGGCCCUCAUGAAGCUUUUAGCAGACUCUGGGAACUCUGUUGUCAGUGGCUGAGGCCUAAGACACACUCGAAAGAGCAAAUCUUGGAGCUGCUGGUUUUGGAGCAAUUUCUGACUAUCUUGCCAGAGGAGAUCCAAAUCUGGGUGAGGGAGCAGAGUCCAGAAAAUGGUGAGGAAGCUGUGGCUCUGGUUGAGGAUGUACAAAGAGCUCCUGAACAGGUCUCAAGUUCUGAGAAGGACUUGAAAGUGCUGUUGGAGGAGAUGGCCCCGUUGGGAGCCGCCAGAGAGUCACUGAGAUCCCAGUGGAAACAGGCGGUUCAGCCAGAGGAGCGGACUCUGAAGGGAUCACAGAGCUCACACCAAAGUCCAGGGGAGCAGUCGGAAGCUUGGCUUGCGCCUCAAGUUCCUAGGAAUCUGCCCGAAAAGAAGGGUCUCCGAGCCCAGGAGACAGGGUUUCCCAUUCACGAUCCAAAUGUUGGCUCUGGGCUGGAUCAAAGAGAACACACAGGGACCCCAGAUUUUCAGGGCUGCAGAGUGAGGAAAAGGUCUGAGAGUUCCACAAGUAAGACUGGAGUGGAAGCCCGUGAGAAAUCAGCAAAGGGGGAAGAAGAAAUCAGGGGUGAUGCAAAACAGCUGGACUCAGCAAAUGAGAAAGUGACAGGUGUAUGCUGGGCUUCUGAGGGAACUAGGACUUUCCUUUCUAUUCUCAGUGAGUCUCGGUUUUAUGAAAAGCUCCAGACGCAGCAGCACAGCGGCCAGCUGUAUGGGGAAGUUGCUGAGCUCUUGUGGGAACAAGGUUUCCACCGGGCUCUGGAGCAGUGUCAAACCAAGUUCAGAAGCCUCCAGGCCAGUUACCAUCCAGGGAGGCAAGGCUGCAGCCCAGAGCCCUGUGCCUUCCAAGAGGAGAUAGAAGCUCUGCUGGCCUCCCAGGGGCCCACCAGUUCUCCCAGGAGCUUGGCAGACAGAGCUGUUGAGGCCAAAGGGCCAGGCCAGGGCCCAGAGGCUCAGAAAAAGGUGGAGGAUGAGGACACAGUAGAGGACUCAAACAGCUGCAAAACCAACGGCAAGCAGGCAGUCCAGGCAGCUGGGAGCCCCCGCAGCUACAGCCUGCUCCAGAGCCACUUGGGUUUUGAAAGCAAGAAUGGGAUUAAAAAAGAAAAUCCGAAAUGGGAUGAUUCAGAGGAAGUAGAAAUGAAUAAGGCUUUACACAGAAAGUCUACUGGAGAAACUUUUUGGCACUCUGAGCUAAAAAAAGUCUGGGAGAGUAAGCCAACGUCAAGAAGGCAAUAUAGAAAUUCUCCAGUGGAGAGUGAGGAAAAACCCCCAUCCCAGGACAAAGCGAGUCACCAGAGACUUUAUACUGGAGACAAAGCCUGUUCAUAUUUCCUCUGUGGGAAAAACGGCUCUCAGAGUGUGCUCUUUCCCCACAAGCCAGCCCCUGAAUCGGAAAAAGCUUCUCAGUGUCCUGAAUGCGGAAAAACCUUUAGCCGAGGUUCUUAUCUUGUUCGGCAUCAGAGAAUCCACACAGGCGAGAAGCCUCACAAGUGCAAUGAAUGCGGGAAAGGCUUUAGUGAGCGUUCCAACCUCACUGCCCAUCUACGAACUCACACAGGGGAGAGGCCCUACCAGUGUGGGCAGUGUGGGAAAAGCUUCAACCAGAGCUCCAGCCUCAUUGUCCACCAGAGGACCCACACGGGGGAGAAGCCUUAUCGGUGCACUGUUUGUGGAAAGAGAUUCAACAACAGUUCCCAAUUCAGCUCUCACCGGCGCAUCCACACUGGGGAGAGGCCCUGUAAGUGUGCAGAGUGUGGGAAAAGCUUCAACAACAGCUCCCACUUCAGUGCCCACCAGAAAACCCACACUGGGGAAAAGCCUUACAAGUGUUCUCAGUGUGAGAAAAGCUUUACUAAGAACUCUGCCCUCACCUGGCAUCAGGCAGUACACAUAAAACAUAACUCCCAUCCUUGGAAGGGAGAGGUGUGUUACAAGUAUGUAGGAAACCUGAGAGAUCAAUUCCUUAGGUCAAUGUGUGUUCCUUAGAACUUCCUCCUGCUUGUGGAGAGAUAUAGACAAUCCCUGGCUUAGUAACUAAACUUACUGACAACUGGAUCUUAAGAACCAUGUCCAAGAACAGGAAUCAGCAUAGGGGUGCUGACCUCUUCUUCUGGCUCUGCCUGUGACUUCAGAGUCCUGUCUUAGUAUGACUUAAAGUUUUCUCUGAUGGGGAGAGAGCUGUAGGAUCUGUAAGUUCUGCCAGAAAACCAGGGUCCAAACACUGUUCCAAACACUGUUUACAGCAAGCAUAACAUCUAGGUUAAUCUUUGUAAGAUCUCACUUUACCGUCACCCAUACCUUAGUUCCUGAUUGUCUCUUACAGUAAAUGGUUUAUACACAGUACUAUUUCUGAUAAAAAUAAAGGUGU